AUGAUAAUUAUUCUUGGAUAUAGUUUAAUAACGAUUACAAAUUCGUCCACUGUUUUAGGAUACUUUGAUGCAGGCCAAUGCACUUGCGAAUAUAUAAAAGAGUAAGGUGCCUGUCAUCCUAAUUUUUGUAAUUGGAAUGUGAACACUAAUGAAUGUACAAAAAAAGUUUGUUCUGAUAUUAAGUAAUCAUUUUGCUUAAUUUCUCCAGACAAAUUUAAAUGUAUUUGGAAUUUUUUCGAAAAUCGUUGUGAAUCUUUUACAAAAUGCUCAGACUAUGUGUUUCCUAUUGAAAAUGGGAAUUUAUGCUAUACAUUAGUAAAGUGUUAAGCAGAUAUUAACAGUAUCGAUUAUUCAAAUGAAAAAAUUAGAUGUAUGGAUAAAGAAAUACAUGCUUAAUAUGCUAUAUCUAAUUGUGAAAAAGUACCAUUAUAUCAUUGUAAUUGGCUUGUAACUCCUGAUGGAAAAUAGUGUAUUAAAAAUACUUUGACUAAUACAUGUGAUGGAAAAGUAGUGAAACUUUGUUCUGAUUUUAGUACUUCUGAACUAUGUAAUCCUUAUGCUUGCUAUUGGUAAGAUUAAUGCAAACAAAAAACCUGUUCUUCCUUAACUUAAAAAGAAUGUAUCUAUUAUGAAUCUCUUGAUUCAAAAUAAUUUACAUUUUGUAAUUGGAAUGGAACCAGUUGUAUAGACUUAGAUGUAAAAACACUUACAAUGGAAUAAUGUUGGCCCUAUACCUAUUCUUCUUAUUAUUGGAAUUCUGAAACUAAAAUAUGUGAAUAUUGUGAACGUGAAGAUUAUGCAAAUUUAAUGUCAAAACUUCUUCUUUUUGGAGCACUUAUUUUAUUUUAAACUCUACAAUGA